UUAGCUGACUGAGCCACCCAGGUGCCCCCCCAAACUUUCUUUUUUUUUAAAAAUUUUAAAAAAAUGUUUAUUUUUGAGACAGAGCAUGAGCGGGGGAGGGGCAGAGAGAGAGGGAGCAGGGGAGACAUAGAAUCCGAAGCAGGCUCCAGGCUCCAAGCUGUCAGCACAGAGCCCAACGCGGGGCUCAAACUUACAGACUGUGAGAUCAUGACUUGAGCUGAAGUCAGAUGUUUAACUGACUGAGCCACCCAGGCACCCCUAAACUUUCUUUUUUAAGUUUAUUUAUUUUGAGAGCAUGUAUGUGUGUGUGCACGUGCACACAUGCUCCUUAGGGAGGGGCAGAGAGGGAUUGAGAGAAUCCCAAGCAGGCUCUGCUCUAUCAACACAGAACCCUAUGCAAGGCUCGAACUCAUGCACCGUUAUGUCAUGACCUGAGCCAAAAUCAACAGUCAGACGCUUAACCAACUGAGCCACCCAAGUGCCCCUUAAAUGUUUUUAUUUUUAAAUUAAGUUCCGUGCCCAAUGUAUGACUCAAAGUCAUGAUCCCAAGAUCAAGAGUCACAUGCUCUACCCACUGAGCCAACCAGGUGCCCCCUGAGUUUUAGUUUGUUUUUGAUACCCUAAGCAUUGCUAUGAAAAUUAAAAAUGAGGGGCGCCUGAGUGGCUCAGUCAUUUAAGCAUCUGACUUCAACUCAGGUCAUGAUCUCACAGUUCGUGAGUUCAAGCCUCAUCAGGCUCUGCAUGGGAUUCUCUCUGUUCCUCUUUCUCUGCCCUGUAUGUGCUCUCUCUUUCCCUCUCUCUCAAAAUAAAUAAACAAAAUCAGUUCUCUAAAAAAAAUUAAAAAUGAGAUUGUAACCAGAUACUAUUUCCCAUAAGUAAUGAAAACCAAUAUUAAAUAAUAGCCAAAAAAUCCAGGCAUUAAGUGGCUCUAGGGCUAGUUGAUUUAGCAGCUCAGCAAUAUAUGAUAUACCCAUUGUUUUUUCAUCUUUGCCCUCUGCUAUCCUCAGCAUGUGUCUUUAUGCUCCAGAUGGUUGCAUAAAUGUUACCAUGGUUCCCAAUGUUAUGCACUCAUAACUAUAAAGUAGAAGAAAGUUUUUUGUCUUUAAAAGGAAGGAAACUUUUCUACUACUCCCUUCCCACGGACACCAAUCGGACUAACCUUGUGCUGACCAAAGCUGAAUCACAGGCUUACUCUAGCAAAGAAAUCUAAGUUCAUUUCAAGGCAUUCGAAAUGGGGAAAGACUAUUAUUACAUUUUGGGAAUUGAAAAAGGAGCUUCAGAUGAAGAUAUUAAAAAAGCUUACCGAAAACAAGCACUCAAAUUUCAUCCGGACAAGAACAAAUCUCCUCAAGCAGAGGAAAAAUUUAAAGAGGUCGCAGAAGCUUAUGAAGUAUUGAGUGAUCCUAAAAAGAGAGAAAUAUAUGAUCAGUUUGGGGAGGAAGGUAAGUAUUCUGUGUAUAUCUUUAAGUCUCUCCAGCUCUGUCUCUCUUUCUCCCCCGCUUUCAGCUUUCUGGUCAUAAUUAAAUUAAAUCAUCAGGCAUCAAAGUAGAAAGACAAAUAGAUAAAAGCAAGAUUUCAUCUUUGAUCAUAUGAAUAAAUAUUAUUACAUAGCUGUGAAUGAAAUGUAUUUGCUUGCCCUUUUUUUGGAAUUUUGUAAUAUAUAUAUUCUACCAGUAGAUUUAUGUUAACAUUGUAUAUUUGAAAAGAAACCUUAAAUUCCCUUGCCCAUUAAUGAAUUGUGUCAAAGUCUUAUGCAACCUGUUUUGUUUUCUAAUGAAUUUUCUGCCAGAACCAAUAAAGAUCCUUCAGUCAUUUAAAAUUUUAACAUUGGCAGUUCACAUUCUGGGUAGUUUAUAUUUUAUUCGCAAAAACUAGAGAAGUUUUUUGCCUUUCUGAUAGCAAUUUAGUUUAGAUGGAACAAGACAGAAUCGUCUCCCUGAGAAGCAGAAGGCCCAGGCAUUCAGCUGUAGUUGUUUUUGGCAUUCCGCCUGGAGAGGAAAGAAUUUUCCUGAUGUCAUAAAAUACCAGAACAAGUUUUUAGCUUAAUUGUAAACAGUAAGUGUGUGCCAAGAAACUGAGAUCUCAGAAAUACAAUUUUUGACCUAAAAUGGCCACCUAGUUAGAACAAUUAUUGAUUUACUUUUAGGUAACAUUAUUUCUUUUGAAAUUUUACUAUCUAGGUAUUGAGGAAAGCGUGACAACUUCCCUUUCCUCUCCCUGCCAUACUUUUGUUUCUUGCACUGUGAGAUCAGAAACUAGUUGAAUACAGUAAACAGGGGUUAUUUAAGAUUAUCCUUUUAUCAUUCUGGAUUUUAAAUUAAAUUUGUCCAUCAUCUCCAUAUAAAUGUAGCUAUGAAGACUAUUUUAAAUUGCUAAUUAACAGCAACAACAAAAACACUUUAAUUCCUAUAGGUUCUGGGAUUUUUAACAUUUCAAAUCAGGACCACGUUAUUUCAUUAUUUUUUUUCCUCCCAAAAUGUUCUCUUUUAAAUCAUUGUAGUUAUGAAAACUUUUUUGUUAUUUCUUUGUCUCCUUUAUUGCAUUUAACGUAAAAUUUUCCUAAUUAGAAAUAUACCCUAAAAUACAGUGAAGCACUAACUCAUUAAAAAAAAAAAAAAAAUUUAUAUAAGCAGCGUGAUUGUGUAGAAACUUUUUUCUUUUUGUUUUGUUUUGUUUUUCUUUUUGAUCUGAGUUGCCUUAAAUUGCAGUUUCUGUUGUUGGUGAUGAGGACCUGCAGUGUCAGGCUCUUACAAGAUAAAUAUUGAAAAAGGCAAAUAAUGGCCAGUUCAAUUCUGCUUAUUCCUUAUGGCCAUACUAAUCAAAAUACGAUUUGGUUCAUCUCAAAAGCUAACCAGGAUUGUGAGAUACUUAUAAUAUACUCUUUCUGAAGAAGUUAUUUGUGAUUUUGUAAAGGAAUUCACAAACAUGAAGCAACACUAUACAUUCCCAAGAAAAAGCAGAUAUCCACUGCUUAACCCACAUCUCCCUGAUGGCUCAAGUUUGUUUAUGACGAAGCCAUAGAAUUCAGUGUAUACUAAGGAUAUUUAUCUCCAGAAUUUUCAAGUCAUCCAAUGAGACAUUUUUCUUGGCUUAAUAUUACCUCUUAAUAGUGUUUCUCUUCAGUAGUAUUUCUCUAGUUUGAUUUUUACUGGUCAUCAUCACAGUGAGUGAAUUUUUAAAGAACAAAAGCAGUAUCAUCUCUGUACCCUGAAUCUUUUUUUGUUCUUGAUUCAGAUAAUUGCCAUAAACAAUAAAGGUAAUAGAGAGGGGAGAAUAAAUUUUUUAAAGCAUUGAAAUAUAUUCAGAAAUAUCAUUCUCUAGUUAGGAGUUAUUUGAAAAUACAGUUAAAUGAAAGUUAUUUGAUGAUUUUUUCAAAAGUAUUCUUCCUUUACAGAAAAGCAUUAUAUUUAUUUGCUCUUUAUUCAGAAUAGCUCAUUUAUUCUUUGAAAAAAUCCCUUUUAGGUAUACUGUUUAAAUGUGGGAAAACAUUUUUUCUCUUUGCCUUUCAUUGGUCAGUUUGUAUCUGCAGGCCUGGUUCCAUAGCUCUAUGUGUUUCUUCAGUAGUAACAAAACACUGAAUGUUAGGACUCUGGAGCUGUUAGUAAUUUAUAUGAUAUACUUGUUUUCCCCAGUUAUUAUACUCGCUGUCAAGGUCUAGGACAGUGGGAACAGGAACCAUGAACUGAGAAGUAUAUGAAUUGAACAUGCUAAAUUUAUAUAUUUAGAGACUAAGAGAACCAGUGAUCCAAUUUAUUCAUGUUUUGAAAAUCUCUAAUAUCCACAGUUUUAAAUGCUGGGUUUUAAAAUUUUUGGACAAAACUAAAGAUGUUUUAAAUUUACCGUAUGACCCAGCAGUUCUGCUCGUAGGAAUCUGUAAAGAGAAAUGAAAACAUAGGUCCACAAAAAGAUAUGUACAUGAAUGUUCAUAGCAGCAUUAGUUGUAAUGGCCCCAAACUGGGAACAAUUUAAAAGUACUAUCAUUAACUGAAUGGAUAAACCAAAUGUGAUAUAUAUGUAUGUGUGUACAUACACACGGACACACUGGUAUACUACUUAGCAUUAAAAAGAUUGAUUUAAUGAAACAUGCUAUAACAUGGAUGAACCUCAAAAACUAUGCUAGAUAAAGAAGUCAGAUGUCAGAGGCUACAUAUGCUAUGAUUCCAUUUAUUGAAAUGCAUGGAAGAGGCACAUUUAUAGAGAAAGCAAGUGUAUCAAUGGGUUGCCUAGUGCUAGAAGUGGGAGCAGGGAUCAGCUACAAAUAGAAAGUAGAGAACUGGUUAGGUUGAUGGAAAUGAUCUAUACCUGGAUUGUGAUGAUGGCUGCACAACUCUACAACUUUACUAA